AUGAACAGAGAGCUUGUUGUCUCCGGUUUACUGGUAACCAAUCCAGAUGAGGACCUUGUCAAACUUUGUCUAGUUUCUCCUUAUGCCAAAGAUGUCUUGAUGGUGGAGGAGUACAUCCUGGAAGCCGUAAAUCUCGGCAUUCUGGACUUUUCGGAAAUUUCUCAAUUCCACAACAACAGAACUGUGAAGGUCUAUGAACGGUACAUCGCGUGGUAUAUAACCUUAUCCCCAAAAGACGAGCUCUGCCCCUUCACGAACGGGCCUUUUGUCCAUCUUACUGUGCGAUCGUUCAUCAUGGCGAAAACGGAUACAAACACUCUCAUCAUCCAAAUUCACCCUGAAAGAAUUGAAACCUUGAAGACGAACCAUUAUAUAUUGUGCAUCGCCAGAUCCAUUGGGGACACAAAGGCGAAUCCUGAGGGUAAUAGAAGUAUGGACAACGAGUUCUCGUGGGAGAACAAUUACAAGGUCUUUGGAGCGGAAGAGGUAAAGGAAGGCAAGCCUAUCAAUUCUGAAACCGAUUCACAGUCCAUUGCAUUCGGCCAAACUUGCAUAAUUGACGACCAAGGUAGAAUAGGGGCAGCACAAGGAACCAAGAACAAGAGUGGCGCAUUCAAGUUAAAGAACGAGUGGACCAAGCCGAACGGCAUCAAUGCCGGUGUUGCAUGUGAGCUCAAGGUUCGAGACAAUAAUCUGCAUUACGGUACCGAUCAAACUGGUGGCAAAGCAGAAGUGGUUUACGUUACUCCCGAAAAACUGCUUCAAGGAACGUCGGUCACCUUCACUCCUUUCGACAAAAUGACAAUAUGGUUCCAGUGGGGAGGGAAGACUGGCGUUAUGAUAUCGGAAAUCGAUAACGAUAAACUGAUGGUGGAUUUUGCUCAUGAUGGAGCAAAGACAGUGAUUUGCUGCUUCAACAAGGAUGGUAAGUGGCAACUUGGGCCGCUUCCAUCCGAAUGA